AUGGCCGCUAUCGCUAAACCUGCUCUCGUCAAGCCUGCUGCCUACCCCAAGGCCCUCCCUGUUGUCGUAGCUGUCGGCAGCUUCGCUAUUAUCGCCAGCUACGUGAGCUCCCAGCUCGCCACCACAUCAGCCAAGUUCGACCGCUCCUUUGCAAAGUACAACACAAUCGAGAGCGAGGCCAACCGAGCAAGAACUUUUGACGGUGCCAUCGAGAACCCCAGGACAAGUCUCUUCAACAUCCUCGGUCGUCGACAGUAG